AGGCGGGCCUAACGAUUAAAAUGUCUCCCGUCGCUAUGACAGUUGACAGACAGCGAAUUUAGCCAAUCUCCUUUUGGUGCUUGACGGGUUGAGUUGUUACGUAAGACGUUCUUCACGCCUCCCUGGCCUCGCUAAAAUAGAUUACGCACUUACCUUCCUCGUUUAGCAGCGAUAGAGCGAUUCUGUAAUUUAAAAAGAUAGCUAUCGAUACUGGGGAGAUUGAACACAUAAGGAAUAUAUUUUCUUGCUGAACAUCGUAUGAAGAAUAUAUUUGAUUAUUUUUACUACGUUGAACCGACGUAUGCAGUCCUGAUAGACAGAGAAGAUGUUUAACAAAUCGUUUGGAACUCCUUUUGGGGGAGGCACCGGGGGAUUUGGGACUGCAUCUAAUUUUGGACAGAAUACUGGAUUUGGAGCCACUGGUGGGUUUGGAGCCUCAGCAUUUGGCUCUAGCACUACUGCGGCUGGAGUCUUCGGGACUAAACCAGUGGUGACCGCAAACCCUCAACAAAUCUACAUUUCUGCUGGUAGAGGAGGUGGUCUCUUUGGUUCAAGUACCUUCAGCCAGCCUGUAACGUCCUCCACCAGCACAGGGUUUGGAUUUGGAACUCCAGGCGGCACCACCACCAGUCUUUUUGGCAGCACCAACACAGGGGGAGGCCUCUUCUCGCAGCAGAGCAAUGCGUUCAGCCAGAGCAAGCCCACCGGUUUCGGCACAUUUGGCACCAGCACCAGCAGUGGUGGGUUGUUCGGUACAACCAGCACUAACUCUAACCCCUUCGGAGGGACUUCUGCGUCUCUUUUUGGGGCAACAGGAUUUGGUGCUACACAGACAACUGGAACUACAUUAAAGUUCAAUGCACCCAGUGGAAAUGAUACAAUGGUUAAGGGAGGAGUCACCACAAGCAUAAACACCAAACAUCAAUGCAUCACAGCCAUGAAGGAGUAUGAGAACAAGUCCCUGGAGGAGCUGCGUCUGGAGGAUUACCAGGCUGGAAGGAAGGGUCCUCAGAACCCGAUGGCAGGGGGAACUGGUGUACUGUUUGGUACCCCCACAGCCACAUCAAGUGCUGCCACUGGACUUUUUGGGGCAUCCACCACCAACAAUGGCUUCUCUUUUGGCCAGAACAAAACAGGCUUUGGUGCCAGUACAGGAGGGUUUGGAACUAGCACUGGGAGCCUGUUUGGCCAGCCGCAGCCUGCACCAGGAACCAGCCUUUUCAACAAGUCCUUUGGCCAGGCUACAACCACCCCAAACACAGGAUUUUCCUUUGGCAACACCAACACCAUGGGCCAGGCCAACCCCAGCAGUAUGGGUUUGUUUGGAACCACGCCGGCCUCUCAGUCUGGAGGGCUGUUUGGGAGCUCGACCAAUACCAGCACUGCGACCGCAUUCGGGACCGGCACGGGGCUCUUUGGGCAUACCAAUGUUGGUUUUGGCAACGCUCCCUCGCAGAGCCUCUUUGGUAACAAAACGGCUGGAUUUGGCACCACUACUACCAGUGCAUCAUCUUUUGGUACAGGUACUGGACUCUUUGGGAACAAGCCAGCCCUAACUCUGGGAACCAACACCAACACCUCCAGUUUUGGGUUUGGUGCAAAUACAGCAGGCAGCAGUCUGUUUGGGAACAAGGCUGGUACAGGUGUACUGGGUACUGGACUGGGGACUGCCUUUGGAGCAACUGUUGGUGCUGGACAUACGUCACUGUUUGGAAAUAACCAGCCAAAGUUGGGCUCCACCCUGGGGGGAGUAGGGUCCUUUGGGACUCCUGGAUUUAAUGCAGCUGCAAGUAACCUGGCCUUUGGAGCACCUCCACAACCUGUUGUGCUGACAGACCCCAAUGCCACCGCUGCACAGCAGGCUGUGUUACAACAGCAGAUAAAUGCUCUGGCAUACUCUCCCUUUGGAGACUCCCCUCUGUUCAGAAAUCCCAUGUCGGACCCCAAGAAGAAAGAAGAGCGUCUGAAGCCAACAAAUCCAGCUGCCCAGAAAGCCUUAACGACCCCCACACAUUACAAGCUGACACCACGACCUGCCACGCGAGUCCGUCCCAAAGCCCUGACGUCCUCUGGAUCUUCCAAAUCGCAGCUGUUUGAUGGACUGGAUGAUGACGAGCCCUCUCUUGCCAGUGGCUCUUUCAUGCCCAGGAAAAGCAUAAAGAAGCUGGUACUCAAAAACCUGAAUGGCAGCAGCCUCUAUUCUGAGAUGAGCAGGGAGGCUGAUGACCUUGCUUCUCCAUCUGAUUAUCCAGAAAAUGGCCAGAGGAGCAUUGAGGAAGACUCCCGGCACCAGGAAAAUGAGAGGGACGAGGAAGACCCAGAGGUGACCAAGUUCUACACCAACCCCAUUGCCAAGCCCAUUCCACACACUCCAGAGGGCAAGCAGACCGUCUCCAUGCAUGAUACCAUUGCAGAGCUCAAUGUGCGCAAUGUCUUGCGAAAUGGUCUGGAGGCCAGCAGUGAAGAGGUUUCCCUAGGGGAGGAUUCCCUUCAGGAUGAGAGGGAGGAAGAGCUGGACAACCAGCAGCCUCCACACCCCGCUGGCAUUGUUCUGGCUCGAGUGGGUUAUUACACCAUCCCACCCAUGGAUGAAUUGGCCAAGAUGACAAAUGAGAAUGGAGAGUGCAUCGUGGAGAAUUUUACCAUUGGCCGGAAAGGGUAUGGGUCCAUUUACUACCCUGGAGAGGUGAACGUGACAAACCUGAACCUAGACGAGAUUGUUCACUUCCGCAGAAAGGAGGUUAUUGUUUACCCUGACGAUCAGACAAAGCCCCCUGUGGGUGAGGAGUUAAACAGACGAGCGGAGGUGACCCUGGAUGGAGUCUGGCCAAAUGAUAAGACGACAUGCACCCAGAUUAAGAGUCUGGAGCGACUGACAGAAAUGAACUACGAGGGACGACUGGAGAAUGCUUCACGCAAGCAGGGUGCUCGCUUCCUUGAGUACAGGCCUGAAACCGGUUCUUGGGUUUUCGAGGUAGCUCAUUUCUCCAAAUACGGACUGCAGGAUUCUGAUGAGGAAGACGAGGUUCCCCCAACCAAAACGGAUGCCAAGAAGCUCAAGACAGCCCCAGUGCUUCUCGCAGGACAGCAGCAGCCACCACCAGCCCAGCAGAUGGCGCUAAAUGGCAAACUCACCCCACUACCACCGAGCCCUGGGAUGUUGGAGCAGCUGGGGAGAGUGACGGAGCUGGACAGCGACAUGGCUGAUAUCACUCAGGAGCCACCUCCUGACCACAUGCUUGAUGAGAACGACGACGAGGAAAGGCAGGAUGGAGAGAGUCCCACAGAGCAAGAGCCAGUGUCUGCAUCCAGUCACAUUGCAUCCUCACUAGGCAUAAACCCACACACACUGCAGAUAAUGAAGGCUUCCCUGUUUGUGGAGGAUGACGAGUGUGACAUGUUCCAGGAUCAGAGGUUUGGGAAGUAUUCACACAGGAUGGAUGAGUCUCAAGAGAUGGGCUCACCGCGGAUUCUCCUCACUGGUUCUCAAGGAAGGCCCUCGGUGGGAGGGUUACUCCAGUCAAGAUUUAGCAGUGGUUCUUCGCUCUUUUCUAAACCUCAGGAAGCUUCCUCUGGGUUGACCCCCCAGAGACUGCACAUGCCAUCAGUGCCUGAGCCAUCCCGUCUCUCCCUCUGGCCCACGCUGGCCCCCUCCUUCUUUAUGCCAACACCUACUCCCGAGGUGCCUCUCCGAACAGUGGGGACCCGUCGUCAGCUGGGCCCGGUGCCCCUGGACCGCUCUGUGACCCUUGGCAAAGGCAAGCUCCUGAUGGACAUGGCGCUUUUCAUGGGUCGCUCAUUUCGGGUUGGUUGGGGCCCCAACUGGACACUGGCUCACUGUGGUGAACAGAUCAGUCAAGCAAAGAGCUUACAACAGGAUCAGCAAACAGAAGCUAUGGGAUAUGGCUUCCUGCCCAAACCGUCCACGUUCAAACAGAUUUCUGAAUACCCGUUUAAAGUGAACAUGGAGAAAGUGAUAAAUGUGUCGGAAAGGGAUGUGGAGGAAGAUCUCAGUCUCUACCGCAGGCCCCUGGCGAUAGAGUUGAAACACAGCACCAUAAUCACUGAUGAACCCUGCCCAUUGAUACAGCCGGCCCAGGGAGUAGAUGCACUUCACGAGUAUGCUGAAUGGAUCAGUGAGGUGACCAAGGAGCCAGAUUCAGUUGACGGCACGGUGAGGCACUGGCAGCUAGUCUGGACACUGUGUGAGGCUUUGUGGGGAAGCCUGGGUGAACUGGACCCUGACUCUGAGAUGCAGAGCGAGUACCGACAGAGGCUGCAGCGCAGGAGAGCCUUUUCUUACUGGCUAUCCCAGAGCGCUGCGCGCAGGAUAGAGGAGGAGGUUGCACUGUCCCAACACAAGAGCCAUGUGGAGGCCACUUUCAGUUACCUGACUGGAAACCGCAUAAGUGAGGCCUGUAGGCUGGCACAGCAGUCAGGCGAGCACCGGCUCUCACUGCUGCUAUCUCAGGCGUCUGGAAGCCAGCACAGCAGGGAGCUGCUGUCCAUGCAGUUGGUAGACUGGAACAGGCUGCAGACUGACUCCUUCAUCCAGGAGGAAAGGCUGCGCAUAUAUGCUCUUCUGGCUGGGAUACCUGUAUGGCAGUCUUCAGAAAGUUAUAUCAACGUCUGCUCAGAGCUGGACUGGAAACGCUGUGUUGCCAUCCACCUCUGGUAUAUGUUGCCGCCCACUGCCUCUAUUGCAGAUGCUCUGAGCAAGUAUGAAGAAGCUUUUCAGGGCUCUUCAGAGUGUCAAAAAUAUGCCUGUUCGCCACUGCCCCCCUACCUGGAUGAUUCUCAGCUUGGACUGGAGGAGUUUGAAGACACAGAGGAAUCAAAGAGGCCACUUUAUGAUAUCUGCUUUCACCUGCUGAAGCUGUACAGUGACAGACACUAUGAUCUCCAACAGUUGCUUGACCCCUGCACUGUGACGUUUGACAGGCUGGAUUAUACGCUAAGCUGGCACCUGUGGAAUGUGCUGCAGGCAUUGAACUACUCACACCUGUCUGAGCAACAACAGGGCUUGCUGCACACCAGUUAUGCUGCCCAGUUAGAGAGUACUGGGCUUUGGGAAAUGUCCAUCUUUGUACUAUUACAUAUCUCUGAUGCACAGCAGCGUGAGAGAGCAGUAAGGGAGAUGCUGAGCCUGCACUGCCCCUUAGUGGAGACACAGGACUCUGCUGAAAGGGAGCGCUUCCUUACUGAAAAUCUCUGUCUACCAGUGCAGUGGAUACAUGAGGCCAAGGCCACACGUGCAUGCCGGGAGGGAGACAAACACAGAGAGGCCCUGCAUCUUUUCAAGGCUGGACAUUGGAACCAGUGCCACAAACUGGUCGUCCAGUACCUUGCCUCGGAUGCUAUUAUCAAUGAGAACCAUGGCUACCUGCUGGAGUUCCUGGAGGGGCUGGCGUCUCCAGAUCGUUGUACUGUUAUCCAAGACUGGGACAUCUCUGGCAGAGUCUUUCUUGAUUACAUCCAUGUCCUACAGACAUUGGAUGGUAUACAGAAGUUGGAGGGUCCUGGCUAUGAGUUGGAGCGACUACACACCGAGGUGACCUCUCUGUGCAGCAGGAUCGAGCUCAUUCAGUGUACGACAGCCAGGGACAGGCUCGCCCAGUCGGAGAUGGCUAAACGGUUGGCUAAUAUUCUGAGAGUGGUACUGAGUCUCGGAUGGGAGGGUGCUCCAGACCUAAAACGUGUCCCGCUCCGCCACUUGGCGCCACACAUUGGCCACUUGCCCAUGCCAGAGGACUAUGCUCUGGAGGAACUCCGUGGCCUCACUCAGGCCUACCUGCGUGAACUUAUUGUUAGCCAAUGAGGAGCCUGCUACAAAUACAGGAAGGAUAGACUUUGGAGUGGGGUGGACAGACAGGCAGGCAGCCUGAGAAACCCCAAUCUGAGAAACUCACCAUACUCUUGAAGCAGAAAAAGUUGGGUGCAUUGCUUUAACUGGUUACCCCAGUGGUUCAGGAACAAUAAUGCAUUCCUGUGGUGGAGGGUGGGGAUAAAGGGGAUAAAUUAGCUCGAGAAGGCUAAGUGUGUAUGUUUAAUAAUUAAACUAGUUUUUCCUGUAGCUCAUUCUUAA